AUGUCAACAAAUGGUAAUGGGGGGAACUACGCACCUUUGAAACAAGUAUUGUCAGAUUCCGAAUCCGAAGACGAUCGUAAGUUAGAAAAUGCCGCUGAUAUCAAAAACGUUGAACCAUGCAAUCACUUGGAUUACAAUAGCGGUCUUCAGUCUUCGAAGAACUACAGUAUGAGUGACAUUGAUGAUUUAAAUACUAACUUAAAUACAGUCGAAAGUACUAUGGACAACGUAAGUUUCUUGCAGUCAGACAUGUCUAAUACAAUGACUCUUCAACGGCGUUGUGCUUUUGUUACAUCAAUUGUUGUUUGUAUAUUUACUAUUAUUAUAUUUCUGUGGGGGAUCCCGUGUACAGACGUGGGUAGCUGCUCCAAGAAUGGAUAUCAGGAUAAAACCGCGAACUGGGAACUUCCGUAUGAUGAGAUCGAAUUAUCGGGACCUGUUCAGGUCGUUGAUGGCGCUAUACCUCCCACUAAGAACCUUAUAUUCAUAUAUCGUGGGAACCACAUGGUUAUCGAGAAGAGUAGCAAUGACAAUGUCAACGGAGUCCUUUUAAUAGUGGGUACCACAGGAAAAGUGGGCUGGUACACGCGAGAGGCGAGAAUUCCCACUGAAAUUAAUUGCCAUUUAAUUGAUGUGAACAGGGACAAGCAAAAGGACUGUAUACUAUCAGGCUCUGAAGGACUGCUUGCAGCAUUGAAUCCGCUGUCUGGAACAUAUUAUUGGUAUAUACAUAAGCAUGGAAAGGUUUUCAGUAAUAUUGUUGCAAUAGAUUUUCCGAUCGUCAUGAAAGAUAUAGAUAAGGAUAAGGUUAAUGAUCUCCUGACAGUAGCUACCGUCUUCCCCAAUACCAAACACAACUCUUUGAUAAUUAUAUCUGGUGCAAGCGGGAACAUAAUCGGGGAUCCAAUGACAUUGGCAGAGUGUGUUACUGUAAAACUACUAGAUGAAAAUGAUCCCAUAUCAUAUCUUUGUAAAAAUGGCACAUCGGAAGCUUUAAGACAUAUUGAAAACCACGUGCUGUAUGAGAAAUUGCUGAAAUUGGACAUCACGCCCAACCCUAUAUCACCCAUAUCCUUACUCACUAAAAGGGUCAAUAUAAUCCUUAAACAAAAUAUUGGUAAUACCAGGCAAAUAUUUACGAAUGGCCAUGGAAAACUCAAGAUCGAAAACUCCGGUGAAUGUCCCAAUUCAUGCCGAGUUAAUAUAAAAUUAUUGCUUGAGAGAAAUGGAACAACAAAUGUCAGUUGGGAGUAUUCAGCGAACCAUGUGUAUGCAAUGAGGCCCAGCUCAUUUGCAUUCUCCAACUCAAUAAGGGGAUUUGUAUUGAAAUUAUGA